UUUAUAAUAUAGGAUUAUUUAACAAAACUUAACAUUACAAAUAUGCAAAGUAUGGAGAACGAGCAUAUCCAUUUAUUGUUAUUAAAAAUAUAUACAUAUUGCUUCUAAAUCUUCAGUAUUUUUAGAUGCUCUUAGACGAAGAUUCAGAAGAAUACAAUUUGUACACGGAAGACGAAAGAAAAGAAUUUGUGUUUCGAAUUUUUCAAAUGCUCGUUCUUGGUGGGAUGUUGUGUCAGUUUGAAGAUACGUUACAACCAUAUCUGGAUGUUACUAGAAGUAUUUAUAAAGAUCUCGUAAGAGUGCAGAAACACGAUGCUUCAAAUAAUUUGUUCGUAAGCACUUUGGUGUUGGAAGUAAUCGCAAAAGAUAGUAAAGGUCAAGAAUAUUUCCCGUGUAAUACCAGCAACAAGCAGAAUAUUGCGUUUUUAUUAAUAAAUGCUAAUUCUCGCGAAAUUACGACUUUUGUGCAUCAGUAUGGUGGAUACUGUUCUAUGUAACGUAUACGAUUGUGCUACACGUAAGACAAUAUAAAAUUUUGCAUGCUAAAUUA